GGACAGAGAGGAAAGGGAUCGUGGAGGACGUGUGGUUGCUACAAAGUGUGUUCAGAAUUUUGCAAUCGGACUUAGCGGUUGCGGGGCGGAGGGGAAGGAAGGGGGAGGACGCUAGGUAACGGGAGGAGGAGCAGGAGACGUCACGAACCCACCCUGGAUUCAGAACACCCGCUUUCCAAAUUAGCCUCUCGGGUUGGGCGCGGUCUAGUGUACGCCCCCAGGACAGUGUUACAUAGUUUAUGAACCAUAGAGAUGACUGGAUGACCGGGAGCCUAGAGAGCACGAAGGCCGCGCUCCUAGCCCAUUUCCGUUUCCGCUGAGGCAUUGGCGGUUGGUGUGCAUCAUGGCAACCGUGGCAGCCACUACCAAAGUCCCUGAGAUCCGCGAUGUGACAAGAAUCGAGCGAAUCGGUGCUCACUCCCACAUCCGGGGCCUGGGACUGGAUGAUGCCCUGGAGCCAAGACAGGCUUCCCAGGGUAUGGUGGGGCAGCUAGCUGCCCGGCGUGCAGCUGGCGUGGUGCUGGAGAUGAUCCGAGAAGGGAAGAUUGCAGGGCGGGCCGUCCUUAUUGCUGGCCAGCCAGGCACAGGGAAGACAGCCAUCGCCAUGGGUAUGGCCCAGGCAUUGGGCCCCGACACACCGUUCACAGCCAUCGCAGGCAGUGAGAUCUUUUCUCUGGAGAUGAGCAAGACCGAGGCUCUAACACAAGCCUUCCGCCGUUCCAUCGGUGUCCGUAUCAAGGAGGAGACAGAGAUCAUUGAAGGUGAGGUGGUGGAGAUCCAGAUUGAUCGGCCAGCCACAGGCACGGGAUCCAAGGUGGGCAAACUGACUCUCAAGACCACGGAGAUGGAGACCAUCUACGAUCUGGGUACCAAGAUGAUCGAGUCCCUGACCAAGGACAAGGUCCAGGCCGGGGACGUGAUCACCAUCGACAAGGCCACUGGCAAGAUUUCCAAGCUGGGCCGCUCUUUCACACGUGCCCGAGACUAUGAUGCCAUGGGCUCCCAGACCAAGUUUGUGCAGUGCCCAGACGGAGAGCUGCAAAAACGCAAGGAGGUGGUGCACACCGUGUCCCUCCAUGAGAUUGAUGUCAUCAACUCCCGUACUCAGGGCUUCUUGGCCCUCUUCUCAGGAGACACAGGGGAGAUCAAGUCAGAAGUCCGAGAACAGAUCAAUGCCAAGGUGGCAGAGUGGAGGGAGGAGGGCAAAGCGGAGAUCAUCCCUGGGGUGCUGUUCAUCGAUGAGGUCCACAUGCUGGACAUUGAGAGUUUCUCUUUCCUAAACCGGGCCCUGGAGAGUGACAUGGCGCCUGUUCUUAUCAUGGCUACCAACCGAGGCAUCACCCGGAUCCGAGGCACCAGCUACCAAAGUCCCCACGGCAUCCCCAUUGACCUGCUAGACCGGCUGCUCAUUGUGUCAACAUCGCCCUACAGUGAGAAGGACACCAAACAGAUCCUGCGUAUCCGCUGUGAGGAGGAAGAUGUGGAGAUGAGUGAGGACGCCUACACAGUGCUGACCCGCAUUGGGCUCGAGACCUCCCUGCGCUACGCCAUCCAGCUCAUCACAGCGGCCAGCCUGGUGUGCCGGAAACGAAAGGUCAGCCAGCCAGUUAGCCUGGAGGACUGAGGGGUGGCCCUGGGGUAGCCCUUGAGCCAUGGUACGUGGAUAUUUAGUGGGGACUAAGAACCACAGCCGGUGCCCGGGCAUUUUAGAGAAAAAAACUUAGUGGUGGGGGUGGCCCCGUGCUGACAUAAGCUGAGCCCCACCUGCUCUCAGGGCACAGAGGUGCAGGUGGAUGACAUCAAGCGUGUAUACUCCCUCUUCCUGGAUGAAUCCCGCUCCACACAGUACAUGAAGGAAUACCAGGACGCCUUCCUCUUCAAUGAGCUCAAAGGUGAAACAAUGGACACCUCCUGAGCUGACACUGCACCCCAACCCUUCCCAGCCUGUUUUCUACAAGUUCUAACACUGUGACUUUGUAUAAAAUUAUUGAAAACUGGAGUUCUGCUGUAUCCUCAGAUCACACAAAAGGACAUCGGAGUGCA